AUGAUUGCAAGUAAUUCUCAUGAUGAUAUACCAUGGACAAUUCAACAAAUUCGAGAGAACUCCUCGAAAUGGACUUUGGAAGGAGAUGCCAAACUAUUAUUGUACCUAGAAGCAUUUUCAAAUACUCUUUGUAAGAGAAGUAAAACAACUAAAGCAAAAUUAGAUUCCAUGGUUAGCACUUUAGAGUAUACACAGAUUUCUUUGGCUAAUUCUACUAACAGAUUUCAUGCACUACAACAUUCACAGUUUGUUGAGAGUAGAGUAUAUGAAGAAGACAUUCAAGCCGAUACUUGUCCUAAAGAGGAAAAAGUACUACAAGAUUCAAAGAUUGAUCCAGGAGUUAUAGCAAAACAAGCUGUGAUGUGCGGUUUAAAAUUAAUGGAAAAUGAAUAUAUGAAAGUGCAAAUUAGUGCAAAUAAUUCAGAACAACCAAGAUUUAAAUAUGUUCCCAAAGACAGAUAUAUGAGUAGACCAUUGCCACUAAGGAUUGGUUCAAAAGAAUUUUUAGCAAGUUUAAAUCCAAGCGAAUCGGAAAGCGAAGGGGGUUUCGGUUCUAGUAGAUCAAGAAGUCCAUCUAUUGCAUCAUCACAAUCUAAAAGUUAUUCUCCUUCACUUACAAAUCCAAGUGUUCAAAAAUAUGAUAUAUCCAGUAUUACUAAAGGUAAUAGUAGCAUUUUGGGGCAUUCAAGUGAAGAAGAAGAUGAUAAAAUAUUUGAAAAUUCUGUUGAGCAACACAAAUCUCCUAAUAACAAAACCUCAUCUGAUAUAGAUAAUACAAAAAAUAAAAGGGAACAAUUUCCUACACCUAGACAUAGUUAUCCAAUUUUAUUUAAUGAUGGCCCGCCAUUAUUGGAAGAUUUAUAUGAGGCUGAUAAACCUAAAAAGAAUGACUUAUUUGAUGAUGAUGAUGGAAAUAGCGAUGAAUUGUUUGACGAUAAAUCAAAAGUUAAAAAUAUAGCAAAUAAGACUUCCAUUAUUUUUCAUGGACAAAAUGAAAACAAAUCUCAAGCUGUUAAUUUAUUUGAUGAGGAACCUCCUGAAAUUGAUGUAUCUAAAACUGCUCAAAAUAUUCCAAAAGUUACAAAUUUAUUUGAUGAUGAUUCAGAAGAUGACCUGUUUGCUACUGUAACAAGUAGUCAUAAGAAUCAGGUUAAAGCAAAUACUUACAAGUCAGAGGACACAGUAGGCAUAUUCUCUGACAAACCUCCUGAAAUUAUAAAUUCUAAAUUAAAGGGAGCGAUAAAGAAGCAAAUAGAAAAUAUUAAGACUGAUGUGGAAGAUGAUAUAUUGGAUUCUGAAAAUACUUCCAAUAAUAUCACCCCCAAGGGAACUAAUAUUAAAACACUACAAAAGAAUAACUUAUUUGAGGAUGAUGAAGAUGAAAUCAAAUUUGACACCAACUUGUUUAACAAAAAUUCAUUGCUUAGUGAAACCUCGAAACAUAUAACAUUUAAAUUGUUUGAUGAUGAGCCACCUAUAGAUUUUGAAGCCAGUUCAACAAGUGCAAAGGAUGAAAACAAGAAAAAUAAAUCAUUUAGCAUUGAUAAGAAAUUUAGCUUAUUUAGUGAUUCAGAUGAUGAUGAUAUAUUUGAUAGUCUAAUUAAAAAUGAUAGUUCAGAUAAAUCAAAAUCAAAAGUACAAGUAAAUCCUACAAUAACUCCUAAAAGUGAAAUAAAAAAUAUUGCCUUUGAAGCAUCUUCAAAUAAAAUUGAUCCAAGUACUAAAUUGGAUUCUAAGCAAAAAUCCAAAAUUAAUGAGCUAUUUGAAGACGAUGAUGACUUAUUUUUUACGAAACCUGUAAUAAAUGUAAGCAAAACUAACCAACUGAAGAAAAUAAUGAUAUUUUGGUAAAAAUAGAAAUAUUGUACUUGAGAAUGAAAAGAAUGAAAGCAUAUUCAAUCAGGCUGAAAUCAGUAAUGUUGCAAAAGGUGUUGAAAGCAAUACAUCAGAAAGCAAGGAGAAUCCUAUUAUUAAUGAAAACAAACAUGAUAUUGUAACUGAUAACAAAGUGUUGAAUAAAUUGCAUAGCUCACCAGUAGAAGCAAAAUCAAAUAGUGAUCUUAAUGUAAAAUUUGCAGAUACAAAUAGGGCAGCUGCAAACCCCAUUACUGAUAUUUUUAAUGAAAGUGAAGAUGAUGAUGAUUUAUUCCAAGUGAAGCCUAAAGUUGCACCUCCAAAAUCUAUUAAUAUUGAUUCAAAAUCGGAGGAUAA